AUAGUGAAGGUUUUUUUUAAUAACCGACUAAUGACGACUAAUGAUCUACAAAAACCGAAACACCGGCGAUCUCGGUAUGGAAUUUCAAUACCGCGAUAUUCUUCCUAAUUGCAUUCAGAACCUUGCAAAGGUCUUUCAAACAGAAAGAGAAACACCUGAUCCACAUGUUUCAUUCCAUUCAGUGUCAUGUCUGCAUUGUCAAUUAAGUGGAAAGAUAAGACGUUAUUGUCAAUCUCGACUUGAUAACCCAAUACUUCAGCGGCUGCAGUCCUACUAGAAAGGCCUUUGAAGUUUGAUUACGCCGCCGUGUUUGCGGUUUUCUUUGUGUGUAGUGUCUGGACGAAAGUUCAAACAACGUUUACCAUACACAGGGGAUGUUUUGACGGUCGUAACAAAAACUGGUUGUGUCGUUUUUCCGUGGUUGUUUUAGGGGAUUUUAAUUCUGAAUCAUCGUGCGUAUUUUUGCUAAAAUAAAGUUUCCAAAAAUAUCAGCGACAAGAAACACCGCUACAAGUCUUGGUUUUGACCGCCAAAACAAUCCUUGUUCCACGGCGUACCUUUCUUUAAUUCUUAGCUAUAAUUUGAGAAAAAUUGAUCACCGUGUUUGACAUUUUUAUAAGGCAUCAUGAGUUCAACGGGUAAUCAACAAUCAACAUCUACACACCCGCUAGACACUGAAAGAGAUUAAAAAAGCUGAAGACGGGGUCGGCAGGAGUGAAGUUUAUAUAAGUAGUCUUGACAGAAUCAGAUCAGUUUCCAAGGAGUGGUAGUUUGAUGGAAGUUUGUAAUAAAAUAAACGUUGGGUACACGUUAUUUCGGAGACAAAAUACUUAGUAGUACUGUCACCAACAUUGUUUUAUCUUUGUUAAUAAGUAAAGCCUGUCUUUUGUGGUAUAAAAAUGCGGCCCAAAAACUGCUCCACACCCACUUCAAUUUCUCGAAUCAAACAUGGCAGACCUCGCAGACGUCGCAGAAAUACGCCUAGUGGCAAAGAAAAAAACGAAAUCAGUUGUGUGGAAUUACUUCGGUUUCGAGCCAAACGAAGAUGGAGCGCCAAAGAACGAAAAUGAAGCGAUAUGCCGCCUCUGCCGCAAAAAAGUCGCCGCUAAGCAGGGAAACACUUCGAACCUACUCGCUCAUGUCCGUGCAAACCAUCCUGCAACGCACGCCAGAAUCACUACUGGGAAACAGCGUGCUACUGAUGCUGCAUCACGGUCCUCGGCAGGCUUGGGCGUGGACCCGGGAGCAUCAACAUCAACGGAGUCUACGGCAUCAACCAGCGUCAAGCAGGGCACGAUUAAAGACGCAUUUUCCCGGGCCACUAAGUAUUCUCGACAGAGUUCGCGAUGGAAGGAACUGACUGACUCUGUUACUCAUUUUCUUGCCAAGGAAAUGCUGCCGUUUUACACUGUGGAGAAACGCGGCUUCAAAGCCAUGUUGUCGAAGUUCGAUCGGCAGUACGAGUUACCAGGACGGCGACAUUUCAGCAAAGUCGCCAUUCCGCAGCUGUACACGCAAGUUAGGUCGCGGGUGGAGGAUGAGAUGCGCGAGGCAGAUUUUUUUUCCGCCACAACAGAUAUGUGGUCCAGUUCCAAUAUGGAGCCAUACAUGAGCUUCACAAUUCAUUUCAUUUCGCCGGACUGGAAGCUUCAGUCCAGAUGUCUGGACACCUCCUUCCUGCCAGAAAGCCAUACUGCGGAGAAUCUCGCCAACGCUCUCCGUUCCACGUUAACACAGUGGAACUUGCCUGUAAGCAAAUUAUCUUGCAUUACAACAGACAAUGGAGCCAACAUUGUUGCUGCUAUCCGACAGUUACAAUGGCCUUGGCUGAAUUGUUUCGGCCACAACCUCAACUUGGGAGUGACCAGAGCAAUCACCGAUGAACCUCAGCGCCAGCGAACAAGUCGCGCUCUCGGGCUGUGUCGCUCCAUCGUCGGAAGUUUUUCUCACAGCUGGUCUCUGAAGAAAGAACUCACCAAAACCCAAGGCAACCUGAAUCUGCCAGAACACUCACUCAUCACGGUAGGUACACAUUAAUGUUGUUGACCUCUUUAUAAUUGUGGAUUUAAAAAGUAACUAAUAAUAGAGUUAAUAUAUUAAAAAAUAA